GGCCGGGUUACCGAGACUGCAGGAAGGUUACGGCAAAGACACAACCAAAUCACAAAGUAGAGAGUUCCCCUUCGUUGGGAAAAGUGGUUUUCUUGGAUCAGACUGGCUAUAACGUUCUUCAUUUGAGCUUGAAAUAAGGUGCAGGAAAAACCCCCAUGUUUUGCAUGUCCAACCACCUUUACAUUAUCAACCAUGUCUCAGCAGUGAUAACAGUGUCAAAACAACAAUCGCAUACUUGGGGAGAAAAAAAAAAUCCCUUCAAAUGAGAUUUGGGACUGUUUGUCUCACUUUAGUGGUGUUUUUUGUAGUUUAAAAUGAAGUUUGAGUAGCGUACCACUGGAUUUACAACAGGUUUACCUGAUCUAGAGACUAUCUGGCAUUGUUUUAAUGGGAUUGUACCCGGAUUACAAAGGAUUCAGUCCAUUAAAAUUGACUACAGCCAGGACCAGAACCAGGUAACCAAAAAACAAAGUCAAGUUUCUGGGUCUUUCUAUCUUCUCACUGGUUCUUCGGGCAGCUAGACUACAAAGCAUCUUCAUAAGUCUACCUGUGGAAAAACGUUGGAAUUACAGCUGGAUUUUGAGAAUCUAAGACCAAAUUUCAAGGACUACACCGGUAUAUGAAAAAGCGUACUGGUUCUACAGCGCUCUUUUGGGAAAAAUUACAUUAUACUCUGUCUACAAGCAAACCACCAAGAUUACAAGACACACAUCCUAUCAGGACUACAACCUACAGAACAAACUAGAGACAAGUUAUUCUCACUGUAACAAGCUAGAAACCUGGCAACCACGAUAAGAGUCACGUUAACCACUGUUGGAAGAUGAAUUGUAUGUAGUAGGGACUCUGUUGAACGCUAUUGGACCAGUAUUAACCAUGUCUCUGAGUAAGACCUUAGAGCUGGAGCACUUUGACGAACGCGACAAGGUUCGGCGGGGACGCUCCACCCGAGCCAAAAGAGAUGACUCUGCAGGCAGCGCUGGCGGUGGGGGGUCUGGCCCUAGUUCCAGGGGCAGCAGCCUGGUUCCCAGUCCUGCCCACAGCGCCAACUGCAGUUACUACCGGACCCGAACCUUGCAGGCGCUCACCUCGGAGAAACGGGCCAAAAAGGUCAGGUUCUACCGCAAUGGAGACCGGUACUUCAAGGGUCUGGUGUAUGCCGUUUCCAGCGAUCGGUUUCGUUCCUACGACGCACUGUUGAUGGAGCUGACCCGCUCAUUGGCGGAUAAUCUGCAUCUGCCUCAAGGGGUGCGCACAAUCUACACCAUAGAUGGCGGCAAGAGAAUCACCAGUAUGGACGAGCUGGUGGAAGGCGAGUGCUAUGUUUGUGCCUCCAACGAGCCCUACCGAAAGGUCGACUACACCAAGAUCUCCAUCCCAAGCUGGAAACCCGGAGCCAGCACCGGGACCGGCGCACCCAGCUCGACCCGGUCCGCCACGGUGUCCGCCGGGGUGUCAGCGAGCACCGCCGCCAGCCCCAAGGACCGUCCCGAGGGUCGAGAAGGCCGGGAGAGCAAAGACUUCAUCAAGCCCAAGCUGGUGACGGUGAUCCGCAGCGGCGUGAAGCCUCGCAAGGCGGUGAGGGUCCUGCUGAACAAGAAGACGGCUCACUCCUUCGAACAAGUGCUGGCCGACAUCACUGAGGCCAUCAAGCUGGACUCUGGGGCUGUCAAGAGGCUGUACACGCUGGAUGGAAAACAGCUGACUUGUCUGCAGGAUUUCUUUGGAGAUGACGAUGUGUUCAUGGCGUGUGGGCCGGAGAAGUUUCGUUACGCUCAGGACGACUUUGUGCUCACACACAGCAGCAAAACACAGGCUUUUGUUAACGAAUGCAGGGCCAAAGCAUCUCGCACCGCUGCCCCUCAGAAAACUACAACUCCCAAGACUCCCAGCGGCUCCGGGCUCACCUCCUCGAAGACUCCACCCAAGGGCCUGUCCAGAACAAAGUCUCCUGGCCCAGCCAAUGAGGGCUCAGGAUCACAGUCAGCUGGGAAGUCGUCCAGGUCCAGCCCCUCCCCCACCAGCCCCGGGACUCGACGCAGCCUCAAGAUCUCUCCUCGUCACGCUUCCUCCACUGAUGUAAAUGGAGAGGCCGAGCAGCUAGAUGACGCCACCGUCGAAGUGAACGGCAAUCGAUCCGUUUCUUCCUCCAUCAUCAACGAGAAGUACGAAGUCGGUAAAGUGAUCGGAGAUGGAAACUUUGCCGUAGUGAAGGAGUGUGUGGAGAGGUCGACAGGACAGGAGUACGCCCUGAAGAUCAUUGACAAAGCUCGCUGCUGCGGGAAGGAGCACCUGAUAGAGAACGAGGUGGCGGUGCUGCGGAGGGUUCGACAUCCGAGCAUCAUCCAGUUAAUCGAGGUGGAUGAAACGCCCAGUCAGCUGUUCCUGGUCAUGGAGCUCGUCAAGGGCGGCGACCUGUUCGACGCCAUCACCUCCUCCACGAAGUACAGCGAGCGCGACGCCAGCGCCAUGGUGUUCAACCUGGCCGGAGCCAUCAAGUACCUGCACCGAAUGAACAUCGUCCACCGCGACAUCAAACCGGAGAACCUGCUGGUGUGCGAGUAUCCAGACGGCACCAAGUCACUGAAGCUGGGCGACUUUGGUUUGGCGACAGUAGUGGAGGGACCGCUGUACACCGUUUGCGGCACGCCGACGUAUGUUGCCCCGGAGAUCAUCGCCGAGACCGGCUAUGGUCUAAAGGUGGAUAUCUGGGCAGCGGGAGUGAUCACCUACAUCCUGCUGUGUGGAUUCCCUCCAUUUAGAAGUGAGAAUAAUGUCCAGGAGGAGUUGUUUGAUCAGAUCCUCAGAGGGAAGCUGGAGUUUCCAUCUCCAGACUGGGACACCAUCAGCCUGCCUGCAAAGAUGCUGAUUAGUCAGAUGCUGCAGGUAAACGUGGAUGCCCGUUUCACCGCCGAGGAGGUCCUAUCACACCCCUGGGUGACGGAUGAGGCUCCCACAGACUCCAACACUGUGAGCAGCACUGAAGACCAGACCGGUAGAGACACACUGGAACCGGAGCAGGAAUCGCAGAUACUGGAAACCAAACAAGUUCCCUCACCUCUGGUCUAA